GACGCGGGCGCGCAGGGCAAGCUCUUCCUCGGCGGCAUCGCCUGGACCACGGACGAGGAGGCGCUGCGCCACUACUUCGGCCAGUUCGGCGAGAUCAUCGACGUCGCGGUCAUGCGGAACAAGGCCACCGGGGUGUCGCGGGGCUUCGGCUUCGUGACGUACGCGCGGCCCGGCUGCGUCGACGCGGUGCUCGGCCGGGACCACGUGCUCGACGGGCGGCGCGUCGACAUCAAGCUCGCCGUGCCGCGGGACCGCGCGCCGGCGCCCCUCAGCAACAAGUUCUUCGUCGGCGGCCUGCCGUCGGCCGUCGCGGACCCGGAGUUCCGCGGCUACUUCGAGCAGUUCGGCCAGCUCACGGACAGUAUCGUCAUGGUCGACCGGGGCACGAACCGGAGCCGCGGCUUCGGCUUCGUCACCUACGCGGAUCCCGAGGCCGCGAACCGCGUCGCGUCG